AUGAUGAGCUUGUUUGCGGUGUCCAAAACGUUGACCGUUCGGCACUACAUGGAAGUUUGCAAGCGGAAUGGCCCGAAUGGCCCUUCUGCCGAUGAAGAUGCCAAGGGGCUGGCAGUGGGUGUCCAGCUGCAAUUGUUCUCGCUGUGGCAAGAGAAGGUCUGGAGGUCAAAGGUUUCGGACUCCAAGAUCAGGGCUUGCUUGGCCGCGCUGCCGGUGCCCACUAUGGAUUUAGCGGCGGUGCCGUGGGACUUCAAGGGGGAAUCGUUUCAGAUGGACGCCGGGUUCUGCGACCGUGUGGUCUUCGAGGUCCAGGUCAGCAAAACAGCGGCCAUUCGUUUUCCAGAGGAGCGAAGGGAAGGGAUGCCGGGAUAUUGA